CUUUGGAGAGACUUCCCUUUCUCUUUGAGAUCGGAGUGCCUACAAGGAAGUAGAAGUCAAUUAAUAAAUAAUUGUAGGGACUGAAAGAUUCUGAGACAUAGAUGGGGAAAGGGAGAGAGCUGUAUUUCGGAAGAGCAGGCGUUCUUCAUGAAUGAACAAUAACAGGAAACCUUGAGGGAUAUCGGCAAAGUAGAGAGACGCCAUGGAGAAUACAAAGGCACUGGAUGCUGUACCACAGCUAAGCCAAGAAAAAGUCCUAAGAAUUAUGAGGAUGGUCAAAAACAAAGAACUGAGCAUUGAUGAAGCCUUGGAUUUAGCAGAAAGAGAAAAAUGGAUAGAAGAGAAAGCAAGAAUAGAGCAAGAAUUUCAAGUGGAUUUCCAAGACUUACCUAAGUGCUCACAAGUCAACUUUGUUGUCUACAAAUAUAACCGUUAUCGGUGGCAGAAACGGAUUUUGCAGAUUGAUUUCAGCACAAAGAUGAUUUUUAACAUUGAGAAAGGGAGCAUCAGAAAGCAGUUCCCCUUUUCCCAAGUCAAAUCCUGUGCAUAUAGUGAAGGCAGGCGCUUCAGGAUCAGCUUUUAUGGGCGCCCGGAUUAUGAAUUGGAAGCAGCAUCCAUGGAGGACAAAAACAAAAUAACACAUCUUUUGAGUAAAGUUAUUGAACGUAAUGCUUGCAGAGAACUUGGAGAACUUUGCUCUGGUCAGCCUGAAACAUGUGAUGUGAUACACGAAGGGCUUCUGGAUGUAAAGCUAGAGAUGCCAUCGUCCAUUCAAUGGGUGAAACACUUUGUGCAGCUGCGAGAACGGGAGUUAAGGUUACGCUGCAUCGACCAGCCCCAGACAGAGAAGGCCUCUCCUGUAGCAAAAACAAUUAGCCUGUCAAGUGGAGAUGCAGUUGUCAGCAAGGAGGACGGUUCUGGGGCAUUCUCCCUUCAAACAAAGGAAGCAAAGUAUCUGUUUCAAAUACCCUUUACUGUCCAGAACAAUAAACUAGAGGACAUUAGCAAGCUCCAGAAUGAGUGGAUAGUACUCCUAGACAGAUAUUGUUCACUGCCGGAAGAAGGAUCUGUGAGGAAGGAGGAUGUGUUGGGAGCUGCAAAUGAAGUCCUUCGUGAUUUAAAUGAAGAGAAAGUGGAAGAAUAUCCUCAUCUCCCUUUGAGGUCCCUUGCAGUCUCAGCAGCUCCUCCACAAAGUUGCUCUUUUGUUUCAGGAUCUGUUCCUCUUCCUGUCAUAAUGCCGGACAUAAAGAUUCCACCUCCUUCUUUCAAGUCUCUCAACCAGACCCCAAGAUCAACCAGAACAAAAGCUUUUUAUUGGAACGUCGUUCCCCAAGAAAAGAUACAGAAAUCACUCUGGACAUCAAAUAAUUCGGGGAAGAAACUGCUAGAUGUGGCUAGACUUGAUGACCAGUUUCUUAUUCAGGAUGGGAUGGGAUUUCCUGUUAAUGAACCUCUCAGGACACAACACAUUAUGUUAAACCAAAAAGUUGCACAUAACUUCAACAUUUUUCUUAAAAGUUUCUGCAUAAAACCAAGCCAGCUGAAAGAAAAAGUAUACAUUAUACAUGAAGACAGUGGCGGACUUAGUGAUGAGCAGAUUACAGCGCUAAGAAGGUACCAGCCCACAGCCAAGGAUAAAGAAAUGUACCUAUCAUUUAAGGGACCUCCUUCAGAACUACAUCUGGUGGAUCAGUUUAUGCUAGAAAUGUGUAAAAUACCUAAUUUAUGUCAAAUACUUGACAUCUUGCAUUCAGCUCGUGAACUUCCAGUAUCCAUGGCUGAUCUUGAGCCACUCAUAAACCAAAAGAUCCAGGCAUGCAAACAGCUGCAGGACUGCCCAAGAUUUGUUGCUGUGUUGGAGUAUAUCUUAGCCAUUGGGAACUACUUAAAUGAAAAGGCUGGGAAAGAGAAAGCCAGGGGGUUUCAGCUGUCUUCUCUUGCAAAAUUACCCUUGUUUCGAGGUAAGGAAAGGAAUUUCACCUUGCUACAUGCCCUUGUGGAACAGAUCUUCUUACAUGAGCCUGAUUUGGCAACAUUUCCUCAGGAGUUGACAGAAUUUAAAGCCGUUUCUGGUGCUUCCAUCAAAGGUCUCAGUGCUGAAGUUGAAGUUUUACGGAAAGAAUUGGAAAGUAUUGCUGAGUGCAGAAAACAAAUCAAAUCCAAAGUUGCCAAGGUGGGAACUCUGGAGUCCAGGUUCUACAAAGAUUUAAAGGACCUGAUUCAAAAAUAUGAAAAAGACUUUUCUCAGCUCUCCAGAAACUGUGAAGACAUGAAAAAGGCCUAUCGUGUCAUACUGAUGAAAUUUGGGGAAGCAGACGACCAAGACUCAGAGGAGCUGUUUGGCUGGAUUUCUACAUUUAUCAGUGAAUUUGGGAGAGUUUUGGCUGAGAUUAUAUCAUGAGCGCAGCAAUCAAAGCUGGGGAAAUUGAACAUUGUUGCCUGGAGGGUGUCAGCGACAAUUAAAUGAAUUGUGGGUCAUUGUGAUCGUCUUUUGCACAUGAAUGGAUUUUUGUUUGAAUGUAAUUUUUUUAAUGACCUUGCAAACCCUGUGUUAUUGGCUGGAAAACUACUGCGGUCCAGAAUGCCUUAAUGGAACCUGCAAUAGGUCUUACAGCUUUAGCCUUCUUUUAAAAAGAGAAUAUCAGGUUUAAAUGGCUUUAUAAAAGCUGUAGGAGGAAGGUGUAAAUAAGGGAACUGCAAGGCUGUUGACUUAUUCACCUUGAUUCGGGACCUGCACCAGGAAUUUCAGUAUUCCAGUGGGAGUGUGCAGCUUAUUCACAUGAAGAAUGGUUGCAAAGGGGAUAUAAGCAUGCAUGCAAGUCCCAUAUCCAGCAUCCCCAACCUUCUAUUGUUAAGCUAGAAUUUCCAGUGAAAGUUUUCCCUCCUUUUCCCUUGAAUGUGAACAGAAGCCUAUGUGCAAGACAUAGAUAAACUUGGAGAGGUAGGGACCAGUUGUUACCCCUAGACCGACCAAAGGCCACAAUCGUCUGGCUCCAGUUUUUUUAUAAUAGCUGGCUGGCUGCAAAAAAAUGUUGGGAUAAUUGUACCGCUUAGAGGCUUCCAGAAGUAUGUCAAGAAACUGGAAAAUAGGGGAUUGUGGUUUAGGUUGCCCUUCUGAAACACAGGCCCAUUAGUUUGUGCCAGGGAUGGGCAGGUCAGGGGACAGAGGAGAAAAUGCUCAUUGACUGUGAGGCACAUCUGUGGAGUCUCUAAGGCCUCAGCUCACUCCUUGGUACAGAGCUAAUUAGCAAAUAAUGGUUUUCUUGAAGAGAAGGGGAAAGAAACAUUUUUGAGAAAUUAUUCUUCUCUUCAAGAAGGUUCAUGAUGAUUCAACGUCUGGAGUAUCCUUCAGAGAGUCUAGGAAGUCAUAUGAUGGGUAUACAAGUGAGAGGGAACUUCCUUAGUUUUAGCCUAGUAUUUCUAAUGAGACUGCUGUGCUCAUCUAUUGCCUGACAUAUAGUCUGUAUAAACUCUGCAACAUUUAUAUCUAUAUAAGUAUUAUCCCUGGAUGCCCAGCUUUCUUACUUUCUUGUGGGAAUAGUUCUGGAAUUGUUCUUGCCUUAAACCUUUUUGAAAGGUUAUUUGCUCCACA